AGCCCCUAUAAAUCAACCUCUGCAACAAAGCCAUUCCAUUAUACUAACAUUUAUCUCUUCCUCUUUCUCUCUCUCUCUCUCUCUCUCUCUCUCUCUCUCUCUCUUCUUGCUUUCUUCAAGCAAUGGCCAAAACCAUGCCAUUAGUUCUGUUCAUGCUCCUUGUCAGUGUCUUUGCUGAAGAGCUUUACACUCUUCCUUCACCUCACCCUCCCACAUCAGCCCCACUUCACCCCCCAACUUACCCACCUGCAAACGCCCCUCACCACCAUCACCACCACCACCACUCACCGGCACCAGCCCCUGCACCUCUCCACCCGCAUUACCCUCCAGCCCCUGCUCACCCUCCAACUCAUCAUCAUCACCAUCACCCUUCUGCUCCUGUUCAUCCUCCUCUCAACCCUCCGCUUGUUCCAGUUCACCCUCCUCUUAACCCUCCAGUUCCACUUCAUCCUCCUGUCAAGCCUCCUGUUCCCGUUCACCCUCCCGUUCCAGUUCCAGUUCACCCUCCUGUCAAGCCUUCGGUUCCAGUUCACCCUCCUGUCAAGCCUUCGGUUCCAGUUCACCCUCCUGUCAAGCCUCCGGUUCCAGUUCACCCUCCGGUUCCUGCUCACCCUCCUGUUCCAGUGCACCCCUUCCCUAGAAGCUUUGUGGCAGUUCAAGGUGUUGUCUACGUCAAGUCCUGCAAGUAUGCUGGAGUUGACACUCUCUUAGGAGCCACACCACUGCUUGGUGCUGUUGUGAAGCUCCAAUGCAACAACACGAAGUACAAGCUGGUCGAAACCACCAAGAGUGACAAGAACGGUUACUUCUACGUGGAAGCGCCGAGGAGGAUCACAACGUACGGGGCUCACAAGUGCAAUGUGGUUCUGGUUAGUGCACCCGGUGGCCUGAAAGCCUCAAAUCUCCAUGGUGGUGUCACUGGUGCUGUUCUGAGGCCAGAGAAGCCAUUUUUGUCUAAGAAGCUUCCCUUUGUGCUCUACACUGUUGGGCCUCUGGCGUUUGAGCCAAAAUGCCAUUAUUAGAAACAAAAGAUUUGAAUGGAUUGUGUAUGGGUUUGUUUCUGUUGUGGCUUAUGUAUCUCAAUCUUUAUGUGUUUUCCGUUUGUAGUGUUCUGAGUUUGAACUGAUAUCAUACACAAAAUAAGUGACAUAGUUCUCGUAUGAAUUGUUAAUUUAGUGUAAAAGAAAUGUUGUUUAUGCUUUUUUAUUAAGAUGCUGCUGUCUCUUUUUUACUAUU